AUGUCCACCGUGUCGCCGGCGCCGCUGCCGCUGUCGCACGCCGAGUACGCGCGCUACGGCCGCCAGCUCGUGCUGCCGGGCUUCGGCGUCGAGGCGCAGCUGCGCCUGUGCGAGGCGCGCGUCCUCGUAGUGGGCGCCGGCGGGCUCGGCUGUCCGGCGAUUCAGUAUUUGGCGGCCGCUGGUGUGGGUCACAUCACCAUCGUGGACGACGACGUCGUCGAGGCGUCGAAUCUCGCGCGCCAGAUCCUCCACACCGACAGUCGAGUCGGCAUGCCGAAGGCCGAGUCCGCCUGUAUCGCUGGACGUGCCAUCAACCCGCACGUCUCGCUCGAGCCAGUCGUGGCCGCGCUGAGCGCAGCCAAUGCUCAGCAGCUCAUCUCGGCACACGACAUUGUGCUCGACUGCACCGACAACGUCUUGGCUCGCUACCUGAUCUCCGACGCAGCUGUGCUCUCCGACGUGCAGGUCGUCUCUGGCGCAGCGCAAGGCAUCGAAGGCCAGCUCGUCGUGCUUCAUCGCUAUUCGCCAGCCGUUGACGCCGAUUGCCUACUGCCGGCUCGCGAGGGCAAACAGAAGAGCCAGGAGCGAGGACCAUGCUAUCGCUGUCUCUUUCCCGUCGCUCCAGCGCCUGAGGACGUCACGGACUGCUCAGAUGGCGGCGUGCUUGGCGCCAUCACUGGGCUUGUGGGGACGAUGCAGGCGCUGGAGACUGUGCGGCUACUGGCUGGCGUCGGCGACGUCACACCUACGGCCAUGACGAUGGUCAACCCGCUGGCAUUCCCGCCGUACCGCAGCGUCAAGCUGCGGCCACGACGCGCGGCAACCUGUCGAUCGUGUGGCGAUGGCGAGGCAGCGGGCGGGCCGAGCGUCAUCACCUCGCUGGAGUCCGAGGACUACGUGAGCUUCUGCCGCCUUACUCCAAGGGCUCCGCGGAAUGCAGGCAUCGAGCGGCUCAGCGCACAGGCGCUGAGAGACACGAUCGCAAGGGAUCCUCACGCCGUGCUCGUUGACGUGCGUCCCGAGGUCGAGUUCGGCAUCGCCCAUCUCUCCGGCUCUCACAACCUGCCUUUCACGACACUCCGGCGCAAUCCGAGCGAUGCGCUAGCCAAGCUCGAUGAGCUUGCGGGCGCAGAAGCGCAAGACGUCUAUCUCGUGUGCCGCCGCGGCAACGACUCGGUGACGGCGGCGGCGCUGCUGCAGCAGGAAGCUGCCAAGCAAGGGCGAGAUGCGCUGCGGAUACAGGACCUGCGCGGCGGCCUGAGGGCAUGGAGCGCGAUGGAUGCAAACAUGCCGCUCUACUGAGCUCUUCCAACU